AUGACUCAAUCGCAGCUUCCCAUCCACCGCCUCCCGCUACCCGCCAAAACAUUCCAAAAGGCACUCACGCGGCUCGACUUGGACAGCGAGCCUUCGGCGCAACGACGCAGCACAGGCUUCCCGACCUCGACGCGGGGCGUGUGGGCACCUGUACAGCCGCUGUGGACGGAAUGGCCACUGCGAGUGACUAAAGCUGAGGCACUGGAGCUCGGCGCCGACGUCGACAAGGGCGAGGGCGUCGACGUCGAGGAUGUCCUCCAUCGCUGGGACCCGGUCGACAAGGAGGAGAAGGGCGAUAACGGGCUCGCACUCGGGAGCAGCGCACACAGACUCAAGCUCGAGCCCAUCCUUCUUGGCGUGAGCGAGAUUGCGCGCGCCGAGGUGCUCCCGCUUCUUGACGUUGGCGAUGCGGCUGACAUCAACGCCACGACCGACAGAGAUGUAUCGCCUGCGCGUGCGGCGCUUGUGGACGUACUUUCUGGUCGUAAGAUCCUUUCGUCUGCCGACUAUGGUCCAUGGGCGACGAGAUACUGCGGACACCAGUUCGGUCAGUGGGCUGGCCAGCUUGGCGACGGCCGAGCAAUGAGCCUCAUCGAGACGAUAAGCGAUGCCGGCCUCACCGAGAUCCAAGUCAAGGGUGCAGGUCGGACACCAUUUUCGCGCUCGGCGGACGGUCUCGCGGUUCUGCGGUCCGGCGUGCGAGAGUACCUGGGCUGCGAGGCAGUUGCGGCGCUGGGCAUCCCGACUACGCGGUCACUGGCGAUCCUGACGUCACCAAUCAUCGUCAUCCGUGAGAACGGCCGCGAGCUCAGCUCGCUCGUCGCGCGCACUGCGCCAACGUUCAUCCGCAUCGGGCACUUUGAGGCGAUGAACCCGGGCGAAGCGGGGCGCAGGAGUUACCAGAUCCAUUUCGGUGGAGGGUGGAACAACGUCCACGAGGCUGAAGCGGACAAAGCCUCGCCGCUCGGAGGGCACGGCAACCUCGACGGCCUGCGCGACCUGACGCUCUGGGUCAAGGACGAGAUCAUGCACUCCAACGGCAGCAUCGAGGACUGGUUCCUCGACGUGGUGCGCCGCAAUGCCGACACGGUUGCGGCGUGGCAGGUGUACGGAUUCAUGCAUGGUGUCUUGAACACGGACAACAUCUCGAUCAUGGGCCUCACAAUCGACUACGGCCCAUACGCUUUCAUGGACGUCUUCGACCCACAGCACAUCUGCAAUCACUCGGACCCAGGUGGACUAUACUCGUACCGCAACCAGCCGAACCGCGUUCUGUUCGCACUCGACUCGUUGGCGUCCUCGCUCCUCCCGAUUCUGGGAUACGAAAAGCUGAACGGCGCACCGCCACCAGCGGGAUGGGGUGAAAGCGCGAGCACGGACGACGUGCGCAAGUGGGAAGAGGCUGGUCUCGCCGCAAUUGAAGGCUGGAACGACAUCUUCACCAAGACACAGGAGAAAGCCGAGCGUGACGGCUGGAAGAUGCGGUUCGGCUUCAAGACGUACAAGGACGAUGACGACCGCUCGAUUGUGCGCAACUUCCAGAGCAUGCUCAAGGCGUGCUCGGCCGACUUUGGCGCGUCGCUCCGCCUGUUGGCGGCCCUUGAGCCCUCCCGCGCCGACGAGGACGGGUACAUCCGCAAGUUUGCUAAACGACUCAUCGCGGCGACGACGGCAGACCUGCCGCCUGAUUCAGUGAUGCGGGCCGAGGAAGACGCGGGUGCAUGGCUCCGUGUCUACGCUGCUCGCGCGGCCCAGGACUCUGAGGUGGAGGGGUGGAAGAAGGAUGCGCCGGACGGCAAAUGGGAGGUCGCGCGCACUGCUGCCAUGCGCAAGGUCAACCCACGGUUCAUCUUGCGCCAGUGGGUGCUUGAGGAGGUUAUCAGCACGAUGGACAGUGCUCUUAAGGACGCUGAUGUGCCGACAGCUCGCCGCGCUCUCGCCCUGGUCCUUGACAUCGCGAGCAACCCGUUCGAGAGCUACGGCGAGCGGGAGGACGGUAGCAUUCGGGACGAUCUUGAUGACGCUACCGCCGACCGCGCGCGCCUGUGUGGCCUCGGUCCGCGUGACAUGCUUGGAUUCCAGUGCAGCUGCAGCAGCUAG